AGCGCAACUUUACGCACCAGAACAGCACCAGCAGCUCCACCAGCAGCAGGAACCAGAUCAGACCAGAGCGGCUAUUAGAGGUUCAUUUCUCCGCUGAACGUCCCUCACAGCUUGAUCAGAAUGAUGCUGCAGCACCCGGGUCCCUCGCUGGCUGACAUCAGCUGCUCCGCCCUGGUGCCCUGCCUUUCGCCGCCGGGCACGCUCACCCUGGACGACUUCACCAACUUCACGCCCAUCGUGAAAGAGGAGCUGCGGCUGGCCAUCCAGACCAAGCGCCUGUCCAACGGGCUCAGCGCCGACAUGAGCUCCGACGGAGCCAGCUCCUGCUCGGACCGAGCCUCGGAGCACCGGACCGGUGGCUCCGGGGUCAGGAGAGAGUUCACACCUCAGGAGCACGAGAGGAGGAAGAGACGGAGAGAGAGGAACAAAGUUGCUGCUGCAAAGUGCCGCAACAAGAAGAAGGAGAAGACUGAGACUCUGCAGCAGGAGUCUGAGAAACUGGAGACGGUCAACGCCGACCUGAAGGCUCAGAUCGAGGAGCUGAAGCAGCAGAAGCAGCAGCUGGUCUACAUGCUCAACCUGCACCGGCCGACCUGCAUCGUCCGAGCCCAGAACGGCCAAACGCCCGAGGACGAGAGGAACCUCUUCAUCCAACACAUCAAGGAGAGCAACUUACAACUCCACAACCUCACCUCCUCCAUCACCUCCUCCACCACAUCCCUCUCCACAGUCGCCCCUCUAGAAGGAGGACUGCUGACCCUCGAUCACAUCCACUGUCACAUAUGAGUGUUUUAGCCGCUUUUCUAAGACUUUACAAAGCUGCCGUCGACGCAGCACGAACUGUUGGAGAAGCUGGUGGAGCCGCCGAACAGACUCACGACCUGAGAAUGACAGUGAUGAUAAAAUGCCAUUCGGAUGACCCCUCGGUCUCAUCCACAAAGCUGCUAGAGAGACCUCCCGCUCCCUGAAGCCGGAGCUGCUGAUUGGACAGGACGUGACACACAAGGGACAGCAACCUUCAGCAUUAUGUUUUAGUUUUUUAACAUUACAAACAGUCAGGGCCAAGACGGAUGCCAAAGCACUAAAAAAACAAAACAAAAACAUUGUUUUUUUUUAUUUACUGGUAUUUUGAAAGGAUGAAAGUUUCAUUUAGUGUCUGAUUUUUGUACCAAAGCGUGAUUUUCAAGGUGAUCAAGGCACAUAAAGUAGACGCAGGUCGACCGUGUGAGUGUGUACAGACAUCUGUUUGAGCUGCAAGUCGCCGACUUUAAAAAGAGACGUUGUUGUUUGUGCUUAGCGUAUGAAAUAUAUUUAUUAAGUAACUACUGUAUGACUUGUAAUUGCCGUAUCAACCCUGUCUGUCUGCUAAAUACGCUGCUACUACUACUAACCACUCAGGACCUAUGCUGGAUGCAGAAGUUGUUGUUUUAAGAGCUAACCUCUCCAAAAAAAAGUCAAGUUGUUUGCUGUCAGGGCAGCAGUAGCAGUUACAAAAGGGAAAUGUACUUUGCAGACAGGGUUUAAAAUUCUGAACUUAAAGAAAAAGCAUAGUAAAAAAUUACAAUAUCAUCCCAUAUGCAGAUGAUACUUUACUUUCCGUAGCAAUUUGAAAUUCGCUGGCAAGCAAAAUUGUCCCAAAAAAACACAAUACUGUAUAUAAUUUCACAAGUACACUUUAUUUAUCACUGCGUUCCCUCUUAAGAUGAACAGAACUAGUGUUGCUUUUUACAUCUUCCAUGACGAUGAAGCUCCACGAGUGUUAUGUUGUUUUCUACCUAAAAUCUCGUAUAUUGUAUUAACUUUGUGCUACUGUAUGUAAAACACCGGAUGCCUCCUUUUUGGUCUUGGACAGUGCAAAACAAAGGAUUAUUUUCUAAAAGUGUAUUUUUGUUAAUGAGAUUUGGUUUGGAAGUUGUGUUCACAAGAUAUCGUUAGCUAGGUAUCGGAAGUGUUGCAUCGGCUUCCAGCUGGUCCUUUUAACACACGCCUGACUCUGGAGUUAUGCAAGAUGAUGUGAUGUUAGAACUGUGUGUGUGUGAUGAACUUUAUCCAGGCUUCAACUCACUGCCAAAUAUUUCUUCCCCUCCUCUCUGCUUGCUUUAGAGUGGAAUCAUCCCUCAAGAGAAAUGUGGUUUAUUGCACAAGGCGGUGUAAUGAACGAGAGUUAAGAAGCUAUGUUUCUUGUCAAUUACUAAACAUGGCAUCAAUCUAAAGUGUCCAUCAAUAGACAAACAUCUGAAACCCUCUUCUCCCUCAGUCAUUGCACGUCAGUAGAGAAACUCUCAGUAUUUGAAUAAUUGUCAGUGAGCAGACUGAACAUCAUGUUAGCAUCAUUAGUGUCUAUCUUAAAGGUUUGUCACCAUUGUGAGCUCAUAACAGAAGAGUGAUAUGAUUUAUGUAAGAGCAGCACAUUACUGUCACGGUGAGGACUGAAGUUUUAUAUUUUAUGUUUGCAUGGUAGAAGAAGGUUUAUAUUGUUUAUCGUGUGUGUUAUAUGAGCAAAGAACUUGAGAGUGGCAGGGUUAAAGGGACGCAGGCGUUCACAGCGUGUAUGUAAUGUUGUUCAUUGUCCCGUUGCUAGUCGUGGCUAGAUAGCUAAUAAUAAUAAGCACUGAGUUGGAUGUAUUCUAUUGUGCCUACUUCUACUGGAGGCUGUCUUUGUUUCUGUAGCUGCUCGACUGUUGGAGCAUCUUAGCCUGAAUGAAUAAACCGUAGGCUGUCAGGUACAACUGCACUGCUACUACCAACGUGUACUUCCAUCUUUGUGAUCUGUCAACUUUUGUUUUUGAUACUUUGUUAAUUAAAAAUAUGUUCUGCAAAAUGUAA